UUCAUGUGCUAUAGAAACACGCGUACAGACAACGAUAUAGAUUUUUAUGUCUUUGAAACAAUUAAGGUUAAAGCAAAUACGACAAAGAUUGUAAACGACAUUUCUUCGUGUUUCCAGUGAAGAUGUUUUUGAUAAAAUUGCAGCGCUACAUACAGCCUUUAUCAGUCUGCGCUUUGUGUUGUAUUAAUUGUACAAACAUACAUUUGCACGAUGCCAAGCAAAAUUGGUUCAUUGUUUAUUAAAAAACUGUCAGUCGGUGUCUCGGCGUUCAGUUUUUUGUUUCAUUAUAAGUAUAGCUAGACUCUCAAGUGCUUACAUGAAGGUUGUCCUUUCGGCAUUAAAGACAACGCGACACAAACUGUUUUGUUGCGGUAAGUGUUCACUAUAAUUUGUGGAGGUGUGUUUCUUCAGGCUUGAGGACGGGAGAGGGAGAAGCGCGGAUGUGGGGCCUCCUCUUCCCACGCGCCCCUCCCCCGCCUGUCCAAAAAUGUGAAACCGAAUCUGAGCAGCAGGUCACAGAGCCUAGUUAUUUUAAAACCAACACUGGACUACCUCGACGGGACCAUGGAGGCAGCGCGGAACGGGCCGUUUAAAGAAAUAACCGUCGCCGCGCGAGAGCUGGAGUAAAAUGAGGGAGCGCCGCCGUGCUCGCUCGACGUGUUCAGUUGCUGCUCGGCUGCCCGCGGCUCUCCGAUGUCUCUGCCCGUAGUCCUGCCUGGAUCUUGCUGUCGUUUAUCUGGGGCUGCUUUGGCCCACCAGCUCGCAGACGCCUCUCACAGAAGCCGCAGCCGCCGCGUGUCCGCUCUUCCGUCCCGCAUGUCUGGCUCUCAGACGCGGCUCAUCCCGGCGCUGCUGCCCGCUCGCCCGCUGCUCUCCCUCGGCUUGCUGCAGCUGGUUCUCGGCUGCUCCAUGGUGGCGCUAUCUUUCGGGGCUCUGUCCCUUAGCAACUCGCCCCCUAUUAGAAACUCUUGUCCGUUUUGGGCCGGAUCUUCUGUCAUCCUCUCUGGGAUUAUAGGACUAACCACAUGGAAACGGCCAAUGCUUCUGCUGGUGAAUCUGUUUGUUUUGCUGUCAGUGGUCUGUAUCCUGUUAAACCUGGCAGGCUUCAUCCUCUGCUGUCAGGGGGCUCAGCUGGUCUCCAGCACCACUAACUGCCAGCUGAACGAGAAGGGUGACCUCUGUUACUGUUGUUCAGAGAUUCCAAGCACACAGUGCCAAGGGGACAAGCUGAUUGAGAUCUACGCAGGCCAUGCAUGUGGCACAAUGAGAAUCCUGCUCAAGAAAGUGCUGUUUGCGUUGUGUGCGCUGAAUGCUUUGGCCACGGCUGUGUGUCUGGUGGCUGCUGCGCUCAGAUAUCUCCAGAUCUUCUCAACCAGGCGGCCGUGCAUGGAAGAGGCCAGGCCUGUUCCAGAGGAAGUUGAGGAGCAGACUCAUCUUCCUGACCCUGACGAGUUCGUCGCUCCGGCGCCACCUCCGUCAUAUUUCUCCACCUUCUACUCUUACACCCCGCGCCUGGCUCGCAGGAUGUUUGGUGAUGGUAUGAUCCCUCUUCCUCAUAUAUAUGGUGCCAGAAUUAAAGGAGUGGAGGUCUUCUGUCCUCUAGACCCUCCUCCACCUUAUGAAGCUGUUGCAACAAGCCCAGAAGCACAGGCCCAGAAUACUGAGGUGCAAAUGACCGAUCUGACUGAGGUCCUGACAGAGGCUGCAGAGGCAGAGACACCCAGUGAUGACAGGUGCCGUCAGACGGCCUUAUUGAGCCCCACGCCCCCGGCACAGUCCAGACAGCCUCACAGCACAGCCUCCUCCGGCAGAAAACCUCACAGACCUCGCCUCCGCCGCUCCAACAGUGACCCCGUCCUGCUAGAUCUGACCGCCAAAGUAAUGAGUUGUGAAGCAGCUACACAGACAGAAUUAGGUCCUGGUUCUGUAACGGAGCACGGGACGGUUACGCUACGACAGGGCCGCGGCAAACGGAAGCCUCGUCCCAACUCUAUGGUGGACUACCAGAGCUAUAGAGACACAAAACUGCUGGUGGCCCGUUUUCUGGAGCAGUCCUCCUGCAGCUUGACCCCUGAGGUACAGGAGCUGGUGAACAGCAUCAAAACUGUGCUGCGCUCCGACGAGGAACACAUGGAGGAAGCCGUUCACUGCGCCAGCUUCAUUGACCAGGCCAUUACGGUUUCAGAGGUGACACCAGCGCAGUCCGCCCUCCGCAGGCAGACGCAGACGCAGACGGAGCUCACCUCCAACACGCUGCCGCUGCGCAAGCGGCCGGGCGUCCUGCACCUGCGCAGCUGUGGAGACCUCAGCUCCUUCACAUGGGCAGAGCUGCAGGCCGGGCCGGAGCGCAGGACGGCUCCUCACUCUCGAACGCACUCCAGGAUGGGCAGGGAGCAGGAACGUCCGCACAGCCUUAUAGGAGUCUUCAGAGAAACUGUCAUCUGAGAGACGUCCCAAACCGACUGUUCACAGAGGAAAUAGACUCAUCGGGUGAAGGUUAUAGUGAACGUCACAACACGAAGGAAGCCAAGCUUUGUAUAAAGUACAGAUGAUUUCAAUUCAUUUUUAAAACAUCUGUUUUUCAUCAGUGUGUAUACUGAAUAUUAUUCAUUUUUAACUUUUUCAGUUGGAAGUACAGCUGUUGGGAUUCACUGUUUCUUUAAAUUUUUUUUCACAUUAUGCAUUAUGAUAAAACACUGGAAAAAAACCAACAAAAUGCCUUAUUUAAAAAGUAUUUGAUUAAAGAAAUUGACUAUAUGAAAAAUACAAUAUUAAUAACCAUUAUAUUAAAACAUUGUAAAGUAUGGUUUUAUUUAUCUUAUGUGGUGUGGAUUACUCAAUGCUGAAUACAUCAGCAUAUUGUAACGAGGAAAGAAUAUGUGACUCUUUUUUGUUUUAUUUUUGACCAUUUUAAACAAAUGUAUUAUUUCUACCAAGAUGUCCUUCGGAGGUGUAUUGUGCAUUAUUACUGAAUUUGAGGAGGCUCAUCUGCUUUAUAUGGGUGAAACCUACCAUCCAUAUUUCUCCAAGAUUAAAUCUGAUCUUUAAAGCUGUUAA